ACAGCGAGCUAUGGAAAUGCAUAAACGAAAAGCUGUAGAAAGUUCCCAGACAGCGGCAGACCUGAAGCUUCACUUAGAUAAGUACCAAGCCCAGCUGAAAGAGGUGCAGGUUGCUGUGGCUGAGAAAACAGCAUCUCUAGAGCAGGAAGUCUUCAAGUAUAAGAGAAUGCAGGAACAAUUGACCUGCCCUUCAUGUAAAGUCAACAAGAAGGAUGCUGUACUGACCAAAUGUUUCCAUGUGUUUUGUCUGGAAUGUUUGAGGACACGCUAUGAGACGAGACAGAGGAAGUGCCCCAAAUGCAAUGCUGGGUUCGGUGCCAAUGACUUCCACAGACUGUAUUUGUCUUAGGGUUAGAGUUACUUCUAACACUUGCAUCAAGUGUUGGCGACACACACACAAGGACACACCAAGUUUAGUGACAGUUGUUCUCCACAGGUUGAGCACUCUUGUUGUUUUAACUACAGCUCAACAUCUAGCAUCUCUUUACUGGACCUUGUACAAGUGGCACUGACUAAUCAAGAUAAAAAGAAAUCUCUGUCAACCUGCAUAAGUAAAAACAAAUUUAUUGAUUUUUGUUUUAUAUGGACUGAACACUAACUGCACACAAGCUAAAGCCACCCCAUCAAGUAGCCAGCUGUAGCUUACAAUUCAGGCAAAAAGUGGAUGUUGUAUAUUUGUUAAAGCCAGGCCUGUGUUGUUGAACUCAGAAAAAACUAGUUCUUGUCAUGUUGGAGGUUUCAUGGCCAUCUUAAAUUCCUGUAUUUCUAAAAACUUCUUCAAAUGGAUGUACUUUCGGCAGGAUAUGAGGAAAAGUGAAAGUUAAAUCACACUCUCCACAGUAUAGAAUAUCUUGCUAUAAAUUGUUUGCUCUAAACAAUAGCAUAAGACAUUUUUUUUCAACCCUUAUUGUGUUACGUACUUCAAUAAAAUGCAUGUGUUCUCUGUUGAUGUUGAAAAAAUUUUAUACUCCAUGCAUAGGUUGAAAAAGCAAUGAAAUUAUUUUUUAAUACACAUUUUGAUAGGUUAGUAAAUAGUGAAAAUGAUAAAAAAUCUUUUUUUUUUCCAUAACGUAAAUUAUAAAUGUUGCAAUUUUGUUCACUUUUUGUCAUCAAUUAUUAAAUACAUUUUAAGUUCACUUUCGCUGUACAAUUAGAUGAAUACCUUUAACUUUUUUAUUUAAAAUUGAGUUGUACUUUUAAUUCCUAGUAGAAAAAUUCAAAGAGGACUAGUUGCAUCUAGUUAAGUCGUUAGCUUUAUUUAUGUCCAAGUCACAUGACAAGUUAUUAUAGUUCUGAUAUUCAAGACAGAUAAUUCAUGUGUUAUGUAAGAGUUGUCUUUGUUAUAACCUUUAAUAUGUAAUUUUCACAACAUUAUUGAAGUGUUUUACCAGAUAUUAUCUUGACUAAGGCAACUCUUGCAUGAAAUUUAUUAUCACUAUUGCAGUGAGUACUUUUUUAAAAUAACUACUUAAAAAGUUUCACUUUGUUUUCUCAGCUAGCAUUUAUACUCUGUAGUCUGUUACAUUUAUUGCCAAUAUUGUUUUCUGCUUAAACUAGGUCAUUUCUUAGGUUAAAAAGUCAGAACUCAAAAUGUAAUGGAACAAAGUUCAGGACUUUGAUGUACCACUGCCAAUUAUUUAUGUUAUGACUAGUGUUAAUGUUGAAUGGUUCAGGUAUAUACAUUAAUUUCUGUUGUUUAAGCUUCUGUUGAUGUUGAAUGGGUCAGUUUUGUAUUCUGGUGUUGAGCUUGUGUUUUGUAUUAUAAUGUAAAUAAUGUGUAGUGUUGCCUGUUGGUAGGAACAAGUUUUAUGAGAUGAAUGCUAUCCACUGUUUUACCAUGAUGGAUGAAGCAAUGAAUAUAUUGUUACUGUGUUCACUCUCUUUCUUAUUUU